AUGCAAGUUGAGGUCAAUCCUAAUGAGGAUACAGAAUGGAAUGAUAUCCUUAGACAGCACGGGAUCAUCCCUGAGAAGCCCAAAGAUCCAGAACCCCUCAUCCAAGAAGCCUUGAUCGCGGCCGAGCACAGGGCACACGAGAAUCGCCUCGAGGACAAAGACAUUGAUGAAUUGGACGCACUGGAGGACGAGGAGGAUGAGGACUUUCUCCAGCAGUACCGUCAAAAACGCCUCGCAGAACUCUCUACCCUUCAGCAAACCAGCCUUUUCAACCAGGUCUAUCCUCUCCAAAAAGUCGACUACGCUCGAGAGGUUACCGAAGCCUCCAACAGUGCCUUUGUGCUAGUCAACCUUACUUCCCAGGGCGCCAACGUCGAGUCGCGGGUAUUGACAGAGCUAUGGAGGCAAUUGGCCACGAAGUUUGGCGAUAUCAAGUUCUGCGAGAUUCGUGCCGACAUGUGCAUUGAGGGAUACCCAGAAAAGAACACACCCACUAUCUUGGUAUACAAGGAUACCGAGAUCAAGAGGCAGUUGAUCACUCUGCGGGAACUGAACGGACCCCGUACUAAGGUUGAAGAUUUGGAGAAACUCCUCGUUGAUCUCGGUGCGCUUAAGGAGAGCGAUGUUCGUCUCAAGAAGCGCUCCGAUUCAAUGGACGAUUACCGCAAUGCGGGCGAUGAUGAACUCAAUGUUGAGGACUAUGAUGACGACUGGGACUGA